AUGGCAGCAACGGCGUUGACAGCGACAACAACCAUGGUUGGCCGCCAUGGCGGCUCUUCAUGGGUUUCACUGGCCAAACGAGCCUUCAAAAUCGAGCAGCACCCACAGCCCACCCCCAAGCUUGCGACUCACAAGCUGAAGCACACCAAAAUAGCCUCUUUGGGUUGGCGGAUGACGACUGGAACAGUCGGAGAAGAACUAAGUGACGGCAGCGGUUAUAAUUACAUGAAGAGGAGAGUAGCGACAACAGCCCCGGGUCAUUCCAAGCUUGCAUCGACGGUUCACCGCUCAUCCUUCGUGAGCAACAAUUCUUCAUCGUCUUCUCAUAACUUUUCCGAUAGCGAGAUUACAGUGUCGGUGCUCGGAAUUGACUAG